AUGUCAGUAUCUCAAGAGUACAGGCUUGCCCAAUCACUUGUUUGGAGUGACCAAGAGUUUAGCUUAGCCGAGUUUGUCAAACGGUACGAGCUACCCCAAGUUGUGUUAGUCGUAGACGGUUAUUGUGGCGAUAAUGAGCGGACCACUUUUAGUAGUGGUCUAAUUCUGACUCUACAUAGUAUGCAUACGGCCAGUAAAAUAGUAUGCCAGCUUCCUCAUAGUAAUGCCGUGGUGGUUCCAACAAGCUGCCCGCUUAAAGCUGACAUGAUACCUAUGGACUGUCGGGACACGAAAUUGACCGCUCAUCAAUUGUCAACAACAUACCAGAAAAUCAAAUACGUUCGACUUAUUGACGUAGGCUCAAUAUGGAAUAAUAAUUCGUUAGAUACCUUAAAAAUCAACGAUAUCCUACAGAUUAAAAAAAUCGACAGCAAGAGCACGGUCAUACGAUGUAAAAACCUCACAAGUGCACAAGAUGUGUCGAUUUUAAUUGAUUCCACUGCCGUAUUUGUGCCAUUGUUGGACUCAAAUACCUACAACUUGGCUGAGAUUCAGAAAAAAUUCGGACUCCCGGCUAAGGUUCGCUUUUCAGAUAAAAGAGCAGAAAGGAGAUUGCGUUCAGUACCUGGAAAGAGAAAGCCUUCGACGUCUUCGACAUAUUUGUCAGAUUUGGGUCAGAUGACAGCCAUUGAAGAAAUACAAGAAAGCGACGUAAUUGCUACGACUACGUGUUCCAACCUUGAAGAGAAGGUAGGUGUAUAUUUAGUGUUUUGUUCAAACUAAACUAACUUAAGGGCCAUUUCUUCAAAGGUCACGGCGAGAAAUAUGCAUUUAUUAUUUUAUUCAAACUAAAGUAACUUUAUUUAAUAAUAUAGGUCCAGUAGGGAUCUCGCAGUCGUCAGAGCAAGCGUCUUUCACCUCUGAGAUCGUGGGUUUGAUUCUCGCUAUACGGACUCAUGUGAAAAGAGUCUGUCAACGCUCUGCCGAAAGUCGUGGGUUUUCUCCGGUUUCCUCCCACAGGGAAAGUUGACAGGGUGGGUUAGGAUAAACAAAGUUAAGAAAGUAAUACCUGCACAAUUGUUGUAAAAAUAAAUAGUCUAGGCUAGGAUACUUGAUGUAAUCGGUCACUGAAUAGCCCCAAUUAUGGGGAGUGAACUGAAUAAUAAUGUAAUAAUGUAAACCAAAACUAAACUUACUUUAUUUACAACGGGCAGCUCGACUAUGAUAAGGUCAUGAAUUUUUACACCACGUUUAUUAAAAUUGGUCUAAUAGACACAAUGAUAUGGCUGUUUAAAUUAAGUGGUCAUCAGUCCUAUUGAUACCGGCUUUGCAGAACUAAUGCAUGAUGGGUGAACCAGACUGUAUUUUAAAACAGUCAUAAUAUUCAUUUGGUUCUACUAGGCCGAUUUUAUUAAUCUUAGUUUCAAAAUUCAUCUCUUGGAUUACAUUUUCGAUGUGUAGAAAUCUGAAACAUACAUUGCAUUUUUUCGGACAUCGUUUUUUUACCAAAUUUUAAUCAUUCUACCAUUUUAAGGUAUGUCUGAAUGUUCCAACGACAAUGGACAUCACAAUAACAGUGGCUGAGGGAUUUCUAAAGGGUAAUGAAACCUACCAAAGAGUUGUCAAAACCCUAGACAAACAAUUCAACCGCACAAAUCUCAAAUCUUUCGACGACUUGGACGUCUACGAACAUAUGGACGCGGUCAGAAAGACAAUGGAGGAAAUGGUAUUUUUUGAAGACGCUUCAACGGAAGUCGUGGAACGUGCUCGCGAACAUUCGCAACGUGUUGAACGUAGAAAGUCUAAGAGAUUGUCCUGGUUUGAAUGGCCACCGAAACCUCAUCUCAGGCGACGAGAAAGUGCGAAACAAAAGGUAACUAGAAGACAUGCAAAAAUUAGUUGAGUGCCAAAAAAUGAAAUACAGUCCCAGAAAAGAAAUACGAGGCAAGCGCCAAAACAAAACACAUUUUCAUUUACGUUUAGUGACUUUUGAUAGUAAAAACUUGUAGAAAGUUGCCGUCAUUCAAAUGAAUAACUAUUUAUUUCGUAUGUAUUUCAUACAUGAAUGUGACCAUGAAUUUGCUUCUGCAUAAUUUUUCUCGUGAAUAUUGAUGAUAAGUAAUUAAUAUUAUUGGUUUCUCGUCCAAUUUGGAAAAACACACACUUGUAAAUUUGACUUCAUAAUAUUUGCACUCUUCCUCCAUGAAAAAAAAACUCAAUCGUGCAUGUUUUUUUCCAAAUUGCACUCGAAACCACCAUAUUACUAUACAAACUCGAACGGUCUUCCGCGUAGCCGUAGGUAUAGAUAACACCAGAAAUCUGCGGAUUGAGAAGGACUCCACUACCUAAAAAAUACAAGUAAAACUCCGACGUUUCGAGAGAAGGCCCAUCGUCGGGAAGUGCCUUCUCAGCAUUCGCUCUAAAGGUCGAAGUUCUGCUCGUAUUUUUCAGGUAGUUGAAUCAUAGUUAAUAGAGGAGAUGGUUUGGAAACUCAUUAGCAUUACAAUGAAAUCACAAUAAACCUCAUUAUUAUAUACACAAGGUCUGGAUAUGAGAUAUUCUGCAAUCUGAUUGGUUCUCUACUAGCAGGAUAUUAGCUCAUAUCCUGCUAGUAAAGAAAAACAAAAUAGCGGCCAAACUGAAUUUACGAUGUUUUGCAAACGAGAAAACGGCAAGUUGUCGCUUUUUAUAGCCUUCACAGGAUUAAAAACACAAUGAAAAAACUCCCACAAAUUGUUUUCAGGUUAGCAAAUAAAUUUUUAAUAUUUAAAAUGGUUGAAAAUAUAUAUUUUUGAAAAAAUAAUCGGCCGAAAGAGCGAAGAUAAAAACAUAAACAAAAUAGAAAAAUAUUGAAAAUAUUCGAAAAGCAAAGUCUGUGAAUUCAGACCUUGUGUAUAUAAUAAAACAGUUAUUCCACUCACUCACGUCGAAUAUGAGCGAUAGCCGAUUCGGCGCUACGCGCCUCAUCGGCUAUCAGCUCAUAUUCGACUCGAGUUCGUAGAAUAACUGUUAAUUAUCUUAUGUUGUUCAGGUUUAUGCAAAAAUGUGGUCUUUCAUCGUCACGUGCGUAUUGUAUUUUUCCCAAGUCAACCAAUAGGAAUGUUCAAAAUGACCUAUUGUUAAAGUCACUGAUGGGCAAUUGGACAAAACCGUUGCUAUUGGCUGGUUGAGCAAAAAUACAAUACGCACGUGACGAUGAAAGACCACAUUUUUGCAUAAACCUGAACAAAAACAUAGAUGAGGUUUAUUGUAAUGCUAAUGAGUUCAGUUCCAAACCAUCUCCUCUAUUAACGAUGGUUGAAUCCGUCUGGUGCACAAACUCCAAUUUUUCAUUUCUUGCUUAGUUCUUAAAAUAUUUUCAAUAAAAACAACGAGCUCCCUGAGCUUUUCUAUCUUAUUAACGAUGGUUUUAUUGAUUUCACAAGCAGGGUUAUAUUACAAUUAGUAGAUGUUUAAAAUGUUUUCAGUCAAUUUUUUAUUUGAAAUAGUGACCAAAUUACAAUUUUGGGCUUGGUAUAACAUUUACUUGACCCGUUGUGACGUAAUGCAUACAUAUCCACAACAAUCCAAGAUGGCGGACAGCUCGCUGAUUUAUGAUUAUUUCAAGAACUACAAAACAUGAUUUGAAAAAGCUGUAAAAAAGUUUUCUACAUAAUUAAUUCAAAGCUCUUUUAAAUAUAGGAUAGUGUUUAUUUAUAGCCACAUCCCUUUAACCAACCAACAACUAACUAAAUAAUUGAAUAGGAGAACUACUUAAAAAUGUUGGCCCAUGACGAAAAUUACGUACUGUUUAACAAACGAGCAGGAGUGUUUUAUUAGGUUUAAAGUCACGAGCCCGCAGCGCGAGUGGCUUUAGACCUAAUAAAACACGACCUGCGAGUUUAUUAAACGGCUUCAAACACGACUACAAAUUCAAUAGAUAUACUGCCUUAUUAGUAUUCUUUAUAUAAAGAAUACUAAUGAGAACACGACUACAAUAGAUACUGCCUUAUUAGUAUUCUUUAUAUAAAGAAUACUAAUUAGGAGUGUUUUAUCAGGUUUAUAACCACUGCACGUGACAUAUUAUGGCUAUGAUUUGCCAAUAAGCUCAGUUAUGAAUUAUUAAUGAGUGUUUGAAAUACUUAUAGCAAAUCAUUUUAAUUUAUGUUUUCUAAUUUAUUAUUUAUUUUUACAAGGCGCCUCCUGAAGGACUGCCGACAGCAGGACAGAAACCCGACCCAAAACCAGACAAGAAAUCGAAGAAUAUAAAGUUGAGGUCCCUAUAUAGCACUCUGAGACGUAAACAAAGCAGUAACAAGACUCCCUCAAAUGAAAGCCACUCAAGUGCCCACAAUUAUGAAAAGCCCACUGAUCGACCAGUGCAAGAUCAUGAUGGUAUUGACCACAUCUAUGAAGAAACGGCGUCUCAAAAUUUAGAUUCUGAAGAUAAUAACUACACAGAUUUGGAUACCGCAUACACACCAGUACGCCCACGACUUUAUGAAACAUAUAAAACAGAGGCUCCUAAAGUCAAAAAGGUAAGCUCACUACCACUGUAAUACACUACACUGCCAGGGAAGCAUGCAUGGUGACAACUAAGAUUCGCACGCUGCCCCUCACUGUUGAGCAAUCCUUUACAGCGAGUAAAUAAUAAAAAUUACAGAAAUACCAAACACUGUUUACCGUCGCUAAGAUGAAUUCUUUUAGCAUAUAUCAUCACAAAAUAAAAAUGACCAAGAAAACAUCAAAUCGUUACGUUGCUUGUGUGAUGUUACUCUGAGUGUAUAUCCACACCAGGCAGGCUUGAAAAAUAUGUCUGACCACGGUGGGAAUCGAACCUACGACCUUUGGAAUACUAUUCACCUGAGUAAAUUACACCAACACAGCAAAUCGUUACGUGUUUAAAUUAGUCAUACUAUCAAGCAAGUAUUUUCUUGUACAUAUUAACUACAGGGUGGUUCACUCCCGAGAGAAAUGAUCCAGUCGGCCUCAAACAAAGUGAAGUCAGUCUCAAAAUUAUGCGUUUGUUUACAUGCGGUGCUUUGCGAAGACACAUCAAACUCAAACUAUUGUCCCCAGUACUGAGUUGAAAAUUUGCUCAAAAGGAGUCAAGCAGCUCAGAAAUAAUAUGAAGAAAUAUAUUACCUACUUAUUUCGCGAGUUUAUGAACGAAUUAUCAGUCUAAACACUCGCCAAGGAGUGUUUCGAGAGACUUUCCAAACAUGGAGGUAUCUAUAUGUGACAAUUACGUGUUUGAUUGUUUGCACUCUUAUUAAAUUCGGAAUUUAGGUUCUGCAAGAUCAUUCACGGGUGAUAUUCUAUAUUAGGAAAAAUUUUAACCCACCAAAAUCAGACUCUGAAAUGCGAUGAAUCUCGAUCAAAAUAGCUUUAACGAGAUGCCCGCGAUACGAUAUUUCUCCGGUCCCUAAACUAUAUUUUCAACUUGCAAAGUGCAACAACGAAAUGACUACAAAUUUUUAGCCGAGUUAUAUCAGGAAGUAUGUUCACAUGUAAUGCGAUAUAGAUGUGCCUUUUCUGCAAUCAAGAAAUUCGAUCAGUGAACGACGCCCUAGCUGGUUUAUCUGAAAUCUUGGAGCGAAACAUUGUUUCCACAUGCAGACUAGGCAAUGUUUCCAAUUGUUGCCAUCAGUUCCUGGAACAUCCGCAUCAGCCAAGCGCAGCUUUUCAAAGCUGAAAUUAGUGAAAACUGUCAUGCGUUCAGUAAUGAACCAGGAACUUGUCCAGGAGUCGACUUUGCGUGUGAGCACGAUCAAAAAGUUUCACAACAAACUGUACAUAUUAUUUGUAAAAAUUCUUAAUAAAUAACAAUUUUGACAUCGAUUUAAAUGCUUUGUACUCAACUUUUUAUUGCAACACACCAACUCACCAGGAGUCGGCAGUGGCGCCAUGGACGAGGGGGGGGGGCAGGGGGGCCAUGGCCCUCCUAUUAUUGAGACCCAUCGGGAAAUUGUCAAGUACUGCCCUUGCCCCCCCCCCAAAAAAAAAAAAACCCAAAAACACGGCGCCAUUGGGAGUCGGUCUGACUGAUUCACAUUUCAGUACUGGGUCGGUCUCAUUUGUGAUUACAUCCCCCCCCCCAGUCAAAAUCGAUAUGCCCGCCCCUGUGCACAGAGAUCUCCAUACUUUAUAUAUAUAUAUAUAUAUAUAUAUAUAUAUAUAUAUAUAUAUAUAUAUAUAUAUAUAUAUAUAUAUAUAUAUAUAUAUAUAUGUUAUAUAUAUAUAUAUAUAUAUAUAUAUAUAUAUAUAUAUAUAUAUAUAUAUAUAUAUAUAUAUACUAUUUCCACAUACAGACUACCAGCCUACCAUCAAUACACAGUAUCCCCCUACCAUCAACACCACAGACCACCAAACCACCACCCCCAUUACAAAUCAAGCUACCACCCCAAACCAAAGAAGACAAGCAAGCAAUCUAUGAAGCUAUUUCUCGAUUUCCUCAAGACCUAUCAGGCCUAGGUGUCGCAGACGUCAGCAGACUGCUUGGGCAUUUAAAUUUGGGUGACUACGUGCAGACAUUUGAAAAUGAAUUGAUUGAUGGAACGAUGUUGGUCAGCUUGAACCAAGAGUCGUUAGAGUCGUUGGGCGUGAAAGCGUUUCAUUGUAAGAAAUUGUUGGACUUUAUCGGUGGUUGGCGACCGAGAGCUUAG